GUGCCGUCCUUUGGCGCCAUCAACAGUCAGAACAGAGUGGCCCCCUUAAGCAAAUAGUCGUUCUUUUCCUUUUCUCUUCUUUCAUUUUUUCCUCCUUUUUUUUUAUCCGAUUCAUCUUUUUGCUUUUGCUGUGAAGUCGUUUUAUAAAUGAACCAGUGAGGGUGCGUGAGAAAAAAAUGAACCGGAUUGGCUGGUUUGUCGUCUUGGUGACUGCCUUUGCAGUUCAAAGCUCCCUUGGAGAUGAGAGGCUGGCAGCAAAUCGAGGAGAUUUUAAUGCCAUUACGAAGCUAAAACCUGUGCCGGAAAUUCCUGAUCCGGAUGUCGCCCAGAUUCGAAAUUUUUUUGACGACCUUCUGGGCAACGAGGUGGAAAUUCAAGGACAAGGAAAUGGAGCCCGUACGUUUGGUCAUAGACGAGUGACAAUGAUGAUGCUGGCUCCAUUGAUGUAUAAAAUGGGAGUUAUGACGACUAUGUUGGCAGUACUGAUCGUGAUUUCUUUAAAAGGACUGAUGAUUGGCCUCCUUUUGCUGAUGCUAAAAAUAAGCAGUUUCUUAGCAAAAUUCUACAAUGCCUGGCAACACCAAGGUUAUGGCCAUGCUUGGCCACCGCAGCCACAACCUGUUCACGUUCAUUUUCAGGGUGGCGAUGGGUACCACCACUCUCAUGGUCAACCAUAUAGUGCUUGGCCAUCCGCCAGUGGUCCACCGCCCGAUGAGGAGCAACAUUAUUAUUAUAAGGGAUAGGCUUUUAGUUUGAAUAAAUUUAUUUAUUUAUAUUUAUAAAUUUUUUAGGAAGACAAAUAUCAGUGCCAAAAACAAUUUCGAAAUUGGUCUACAGAAAAGGAAAUUUGGAAAAUAUCCUCCGCCCUAGGACUUGGGACUUAUUUGUUUUUCAAUUUGGUCAAUAUUCAUAAGUCUGAAAAAAUUUAUUUCUAUUAUUUUAAAUAUUUGGACAUUUGAAUAUUUUAACUGGAAAAUUUCUGCUCAGAAGCAAGUCUUAUUUAAAAUAACAGACUAAAGUUUGUACCCUCUAAAUGAUUCUUUUGGGGCGCCCUCUUUAAUAAUAAUUUGAUAUUUGGAUUUUGAGCAAUUCGCGUGAUUUUUUUUUCUCGAAGGAA